AUUUUGCUCAUUUUUAUUCCAGUCUUGAGAUAGUCAAAUAUAAUUAUAACAAUGAAGUGAUACAGUUACAGUUUUCAUCAUGGUUACAUCUCUGUUGAUACCGUUGCUUCAAACGAUACCUAUAAUUGUUGUUGGACUCUUAAUACAGUUCCCUGGUUAUAAAGGAUCAGCAACAUUCUGGCCCUCAGGUUAUUAUGGUUACAAUCGAGAUUAUGAUUCCCUUCGUGUAACAUCGGCAACAGGAUUUCGUUCACCUUUAGAUCAAGCAACAUGGCCAUCUCCGUCAUCAUCUUCAUCAUCGUCUUUAUCUUCUUACUAUCAACCCUCUUCAUCUUCCUACUAUCAGCCCUCUUCAUCAAUACCAACAGCACCAGUAGCUUCCUCUCGAUAUGCUUUACCCUCACCAGUGUAUGGAAACAAUUACUAUGGCUCAUCUUUUCCCUUCUCAUAUUACUCUUACAUGUCCAGUUUACCUUAUUACACUGGAAGCUCUUAUCCUUACAACGAGUGGUGGAAGUUUUACAGUCAAUAUCCAACCCGAAGUUCCUACUCUAACUGGCCAUCGUCGAGCAGCUCUAACUGGCCAUCAACGAGUGGUGCUAACAGCAAUUACAAUUACAACAACAACAACGAUGCUCUGGCUAUUCAUUGUAGAUAUGCAUCAUUUUAUCGACCAGGCCAUCCAACAUAUCCAUAUUAUCAGCACACUUCAUCGCCUGGUUCACCAUCUUCCACUUCCUCACAGUAUUAUCCAGUCUACUCUUAUGGAUCAACAAGCUAUCCAUUCACCUAUGGAGGUUAUAAAUCGCCUAGCUAUCAUCCGUACAAUUACAAUAGCUAUAAUAGUUAUUACCCACCAUCACCAUCAUCGUCUUUCCCAUCGGCACCAAUUCAACCACCUUUAUCACCGUCUCCAAAUUAUUAUGGCUUAGGAUCUUCAUCGUAUGGAUCAGUUCAACCAUCAGCGUAUCCACCACCUCAAUCUCCACUGCCACCUUCCUCUGUGCUACCCUCUUCCUCUCGAGAUCUUUGGAGUCAACCUCCUGUUGGAUUUGGUGAUGUUGAUUUCAAUAGGCGAAUGGGAUGGCUUGGAACCGUUCCGAGUCCUGCGAAUCCGUAUGCGCCCAACUAUCAUCCAGAUAAUCUUUUUGGUAACACUUUCUCUCCAACUUCAUCGCAACCUGUCGUUAAGUCUGCUCGAGCUGUUGCUGAAGUGAUCGGUCCUUCAGGGGUUACCGGAACAAUUGUCUUCAAACAAAUUGGAAGUCGACCAGUUUCAAUUGAAGGUAAAAUAAUGGGAUUGACUCCAGGUCCUCAUGGGAUGCAUAUUUAUGAAAUGCCUUUCCUGGGUGGUGAUUGUCAAUCAGCUGGUGAUCAUUAUAAUCCACAGAAAACUGAACAUGGAGGUAAACAUGAUUGGAAUCGUCAUAUUGGUGAUUUGGGCAAUAUAUUUGCCGAUGCUAACGGAGUUGCUAGUUUUGAUUUAACCGAUUUAUUGAUUAGCCUAACUGGUGGCUAUUCAAUUGUUAAUCGAACCAUCGCGAUUUCAGAGAAAGCUGAUGAUCUCGGAAGAGGAUCUGAUGUCCAAAGUAAACGAGAUGGCAAUUCUGGCCCGCCAAUCGCAUGUGGCAUCAUUCGAUUGAGUGUAAUCUAAUGAAUUGGAUAAGCAAUUAAAAAACAUGGCAAUGUUGUUCGUUAAAAUUCAAAAUUUAUUACUUUAUGAUAUACUUUUUUGUUGUAAAAUGUGUCUAAAAUAAAGCUAUUUUUUUUAGUGGAAACAAACUCAAUCAUUUCUCAGUCAAUCCGUUUUACAAGGAUAAUGAUUUGGACAAAUUAGGGUUCAAUUAAACCAGUAGAAAAUUCAAUUUAUUUUAAAAGCAAAUUGUAACAAACAAAUGACAACGAUAAAAAUGAAAUAAAUAAUUGACAAUAGUUUGUGUGAAUUUUCAUUUCGUUUCAUUUGUUGGUUAAAAAAAUUUUUACAACUUAACAUGCAAAUGGUCCCAAUCAUAUUUUGGAAACAAAUCAUAUCACAUCAAUUGUUGAGAUGAGAAGAAAAAAGACGUUUCAAUAUUCAUGAUUAAAACAAAUGAUUACUCAAUAGUGAUGAUGACAAUUGUCCAUCAGUUUUAGUUUAAAAAAAUGAUCAAUUGAUUGGUUGAAAAGUAGUGAAAACUGUUAACAACAAGCUUUUCAAUUUUAACAAGAAAGAGAUGAAAAGGUUGAGUGACAAUUUAAUUUGAUUGUGGCAGAAUGAUAUUUCAUGACAUCUCUAUUAUUGUUAUUAAUUAGAAAGGAUUGAUGAAAGAAUGAGAAAAGAAGAUCCAAGA